UUAAUCUUAACAAUCUCUGGAUUAUGACGGAAUCGCGAAGUUAGAUAGGAAUACUCCGCAAACUUUUUGAUAACUUGAAUUGAAGCAGUCCUAUUCUGGGAUCCGGGGUGCAGAGUGCGGUCACGAAUUCGACAUGGCCAUUACAGUGAACAAAGCUAAAAUAGGAGUAAUCAUCUUGGGAUUUUUGGGUUUUCUACUUCUUGUUAUAGGAAUUGUUGCUUUAUCAAUAUUGCCAACAAUUUUUAGAUCUAAAGUUCAAGAGAACCUGGUCCUGGAAGAAGGAAAAGAAGCUUACGAAAAAUGGAAGAAAACUCCCAUCCCAGUAACCUUUAAAGUGUUCAUAUUUAAUGUAACUAAUCCUAAAGAGGUGAUGGAUGGACAGAUGCCCAAUGUUGAAGAAGUGGGUCCAUAUACUUUCAAGCAAUACCGAAGUAAAAAUGUGCUGUCAUUUAAUAAAGAAGACAAAACAGUCAUUUAUGAUGAUAUAAAACGGUAUGAAUUUGUUCCAGAAAAAUCUGCAGACAUGUCAAACAAGAUGUACAGUUUGAAUCUUCCUCUUCAGGGUAUCCUUAUGUUUGUCAAGAAAUUACCUGACUUGUCAAGAUCUCUUCUUGUACCAAUGUUAGAAGGUAUCCUGAAGAGUUACAACGAAAGCCUCUUUUCGUAUAGAACUGCUAGAGAACUUCUUUUUGAUGGAUACAAAGUGAAUCUGAUUCAAGAUCUUAUCGAUUUAGCAGGUGCUUUCGUCACUGUCCCUGAAAUAUUACCAAACAAUACCUUCGGAUUCUUAUACGGAAAAAAUAAUUCUGGUGAUGGUAUGUUCGAAGUUUUUACGGGUGAAGACGGCAUUGAAAAGUAUUCUCAAAUUGCCAAAUGGAAUAACAUGUCGCGAAUCCCAUUCUGGAAUAACCAGUACUGUAAUAUGAUGAAUGGAACGGAUGGUUCUCAAUUUCCUCCUCCUGUUUCGAAGCGAGACAUAUUGUAUGUGUAUACACCAGAGCUGUGUCGAUCAGUUUCUCUGGAGUUUUUGACGGAUGUACGAGUACAGGGAAUACCAGCACUGAGAUUCGUUACUCCAGAUAGAUUGUUCGCCAGCCCUACGGUUAAUCCUGACAAUAUGUGUUACUGUACAGAUAAAAAGUUCUGUGACCUCAGUGGUAUCUUAGAUGUAUCCCCUUGUCGUAAAGGUAUGAAGCUCGCAGUUACUGGACCUCAUUUCUUCCUAGCCCAUGAGUUCAUAAAAGAACGAGUAACUGGUCUCACUCCCAGCCGAGAACUUCACGAAACAUAUGUAGAUAUUGAGCCUAAUACAGGUUUGGUUCUUCGAGCAUCUAGGAAGUUGCAAAUGAAUUUCAUAUUGGAUAAAUUCGACGAAAUGGAGGAGACGAAAAAUGUUAAGCUGACUGUGAUUCCUCUUAUAUGGGUCACCGAGGAGGCUGAAAUUACUGAUGAAGUGGCCACUUUAUUUACUGCCAAAGUGAGGACUCCUAUUACGAUAGCUAAAUCCGUGCUAACAGCCUGCAUUGUUCUUGGUAUUCUUUGGAUUGUGAUCGCUGGCUUCGUUACAGUAUACAUACUCGUGAAGGUACGUAUGUUUACGGAACAAAAGGCAGCGAAAGCUGUUAUCAAGAGUAAAUACAAAGCUGUUCCACAGAAGCCUGAAGAUAUAAUUAAAAGUGAAAAAGGUCUUAGUGUGAAUGCCUAGUCAAAAGAACCACUUUCUUAAAAGGCGGAAUACCAAAUUAUCAUUGCAAAGAUGGCUUUGCUCCAAGCAUUCAUCUUCAUUCUGUACGUAAGUGAAGUGUCCCUUAGUCAUCUUCGUUCAUCAUCAAGACACGGACCAUUUGUCACCCUCCUUUUAUCCGUAUCAAGACCAAUAGAUACUACGGCACCAAGAAAAGUCUUGCAAAGAACCGACAACAAAGCAUAGACUAAAGUUCGACAAAUUAAAACAUUUGAUUUAAUCUCUCGUGGCAUUCAUUUUAUCAUUGGAAUGCAUUGUGUAUUACCUAGUUCAGAUUUGUUCUAACUUUGUUGCUAGUUCUUUUCGAUGUUUAGUAUCUGACAUGAAAUAAUUCGUUUUAAACUUGAUAUUAGAAAUGUUUUGAAUUUCUUUUGUAUAUUUUCUAAAAUUUGAAAGAAAUGUAAAUUAACUUUAAGUAUUUGAGCAUUAUUUAUAUGUGCAAUAGUUUAAAAUUCUUCUUUCUUGGCAGUGGAUUGUAAAAGUUUGAGAUUUUUAAAAUUGCAAAUUUUUAACAUUUUAAACUGUGGCUUUGUACCUUAGACUUGUUUUUUGUACUCGAAGUUGAGCUUCUUUUCAACAAAUACUGUAGCGUCGUUCUUGACGUUUACUUGGGCAUAGAGCAGGCUCUAUGGUGUUUGUCUGAAAGUGACCUUUUAACAAUAAAUAUAUGGUGCCAAUGAACACAGUGUAAAUAAUUUUUAUACACAUGACUACUUUUAUUUUUGUUUUCUAUGCAUACUUUUCUACAUAAAUAACCGUUUUGAUUUUGUAAACUGUUUAGUAAAGAUUUUGCAAAUAAAUUUAGAUUUUUAGUA